AUGCCAGCGAAUUCAGAUCACAAGACCGCGCCGGCUUUCGACGACUUGCCUCUGAGGGAAGGGGAUCCCCCAUACUCGGCCUGGGGACUGUGGGGCGAGGAUGACAACAUCGGAACGCUGAACUGGCUGUCGAAGGAAGUAGUAAAGGAUGCAGCUACUGAAAUACGCGAAGGGCUCCGGUUUAGCUUGAACUGGGAGCUCGGAAAGCCUGUGACGCCCUCGUUUGCGAGGCACAAGGAUGCCUUUGAUCAUUCCCUCAAACCCAUGGGAUACGUUCUGGAUGACAUGAUCACCUUCAACACGCAAAGGAGCACCCAGUGGGAUGGGCAGCGCCACUUCGCAUACCAAAAGGAGCAGCUCUGGUACAACGGCGCCACUCGGGACGAUGUCACGGAUCUCGAGACACCGAAAGUGCGCCUGGGCAUCAACUGGUGGCACAAGGCGGGAGGUGUAGCUGGUCGGGGUGUCCUGAUCGAUUACUGGUCGUAUGCAGUGGCCAACGGGAAGCAGUACGAUGCCACGAGGCCGCACGGUAUCGCAUAUGACGACCUCAUGGCCUGCUUCCAGUGGCAGCAGCAGCAGUCCCAAGAGCCACUGGAGCUGAGGACCGGUGACAUCCUCCUGAUACGCUCAGGGUUCCACGCACGCUAUGCCGAGCUGGGCCCCGAAGAUGAGCGAGAGGUCGGAGAGGCGUGGCCCCCCGCGUUUUGUGGUGUUCACCAGGAUGCGAGGCUGCUGCGGUGGCUCUGGGACAGCCACGUCGCGGCCGUGGGAGGGGACACGCCGGCCUGGGAGGGCUUCCCGUCGGACGAAAAGGCCGGCUUCACCUUCCACGAGGUCUUGCUCGCUGGGUGGGGCUGCCCUAUCGCGGAGCUGCUCUGGCUGGAGGAUAUCGCUGUCUCGUGCCGCGACCGCAAACGAUGGACGUUCUUCCUGACUUCUGCUCCGCUCAACGUUCACGGCGGAGUGGGUAGUCCUGCAAACAUGCUGGCACUUGCAUGA